ACUGUCAAUUUAUCAUAUCUGUCAUUCUAGUGUAAAGUGAGAAUGCCCUAAUCUUAUUAUUUUGUUUACUGAUUACACCAAAAUUCGUCUCGUUCAAAUGUUUUCGGUCCUUCAUACGAAUUUAAAUGAAAGAACUAUCAGUAACACAGAACCGAUACUGUACCCAUAAUGUGGUAUGCUGCAUUAAUGCGAUUCAUCCGUAGACGCUUAGUGUUAGCCGUAAUAUUUUUGUUGUCAUUGACAUAUUGUCUAAUUAAUUUAUUGGGACACGGUGGCCCAUUGUCCAUCGAUUCAGACUACAUUGAGAUAAAACGAGAACAACCAAUAAUCUGGCAAAAUUUUUCAAACGACCAAGAUUGCCGGAAUUCUGUACAGGGAAAAGUACUGAUCGUUGACGAUCGCGGUUUUGUGUGUCAAAGAACUGAUUUACAAUCAACGGGUUGCUGUGAUUUGGAUGCGGUCGGCAGCAAACUGCAUAGUUGUGAAACUUGUAAUUUGAGCGGAUGUUGUACCACUUACGAGUAUUGUGUCAGUUGUUGCUUAAAUCCGGACAAGAAAGAACUGCUUGAGCAAGUAAUCGAAAAAGCAAGUGGUCGCCAAAAAGCCGUUUUUGCAUCCGUCAAGGAUCAUUUCGAAUUGUGCCUAGCUAAGUGUCGCACAGAUUCACAUUCCGUGCAGCAUGAAAACAAAUAUCGAGAUCCCAAGUCAAAGCAUUGUUAUGGACUAACCGAAGCGCACGAGUCACAGCGUGAAGUUAUUGAAUCGAAUAAUUUGGCAUAGUGUUUGAUAGUUGUGGUUAAAUUUGAAUGCAAGGACAGUCGAACUGAGUUAUUGUUAACACUGAAACAAACGUAAUAAAAAGAAGAGAAGAACAGUGACAAA